AUGGCUCAUUACACAAUUUUAGCAGAGGACUCUGAGAGCUCCAGCAAGCAAUAUGACGAUCGUGACAGCAGUGUCUCCGACAAUGAUCGCUUUCUAGAGAAGGACCUACCACUUCGGCCUCAACAGCCUUUCUAUCGCCGACAUUUCAAAUCAACCGUCUUCCACUCUGUACUCUGUACUUUCAACCUCGUGUUCUGCCUUGCGAUCUGGCAAUGGCCCAGAAACCACUGUCCUUUCGGAGUGUAUGGACCAAGCCUUGUCUACACACCAGCACUAGACGCCAUAGCAUACGAGGCACAAACGUGGGAUACCACGAACAUCUUCUUCAGGAACGGUUCAGCCGACCCGAACCGGCUGCACAAGGAAUUUGGGCCACCUUCGCCCGAGUCAGAUUUUGCAUGGGCAGAGCUCAUACAAUACCAAAACAUUCGUCUCACAAAAAAGGAGCUUGGAGAGUAUCGCGACAAACCAGGUCUUGUUGAACUUGCCGAUGGGUCGGGGUACUAUGCUACUUUAUCAGUCUAUCACUCCCUACACUGUGUCAAACGCCUGCAUCACCUCAUGUACUUCGACCACUACUAUCCCAACAAAACCGAUCAAGAGUCGAUGUUGAUCAAGCAUCACGGCCACUGUCCAGUGCAACGCGGACCUAAGCAUUCUCCCAAUGCAGUGGGGCGCAACGUAUGCUCCGUAUUCCCCACCAUGCAUGACGCUUCUAACUCCAAUGAUAGAACACGAGUCCCAAUAGGCUUAGACGAAGGCCACCACCAAUGCGUCCAAUGGGACAAGAUAGACAACUGGAUGAAGGAGCGUAGUCUGGAUGUUUUUGCCCCUGGCGUAAUCGUGCAUCCAAUACUCGGCGAAGCAUAUCCCGAUGGCAAAGGAAACGAUAUCGGAGUCGCGCUCGAUAGGCUGCUGAGCGAGCAGGAGGAUUAA